AUGCCCCAUGUGCUAGUGGCACAGCCUCAGCUGCCAACACCACCACCUACACCAUUGCCUGUAACUUAUGGGUUUAAGCUAGUGUAUGAACGUUUCAGAAAACAAGCCCCACCAACCUUUGAAGGGAAAGCUAAUCCCAUAGUGGCAGAGGAUUGGUUAAGAUCGAUCGAGGUCAUCUUCGAUCACAUGGAGUUAAAUGAUCGCCAGAGAGUCUCAUGUCCAAUCUAUUUACUCAAGAUAGAUGCACGAAUAUGGCAGGAUGUAAUUAAACCGACUCGUGAUUUGAAUAUCAUGACUUGGGAAGAAUUUGUCCAGGAUUUUAGCAAAAAGUAUUGCAGUGUGGUCGUGCUUGCAAACAAAGUAGAUGAGUUUGUAACUUUGGUACAAGGAAACCUAUCUGUCACUGAUUAUGCACAUAAGUUCGAUAGGUUGGCAAAAUUUGCUCCUGAAGUUGUACCAACUGAAACUCUGAGAGUCCAAAGGUUCGUGAGGGGGCUCAAGUCGAUGAUCCCUAGGGAUGUUAUGAUGACCAGUUCUGAAGUGGUCAGUUAUGUGAAAGUACUUUAUAGGGCACUUGAAGCAGAAUAUUUGGAAGAUCAGAUAGGAAAGGAUAAUGCUGCCAGAAGAGAGACCUAA